AUGGCACCCACAGUACAUCCACUGACACCACCCCCUGGCUCAGACAUCGACUUUGGUGCCGUCAUCGACGAUGUCGACCUGGAGAAUCUGACUGAUGACGACUUCGCUUUCAUUCAUGACGUUCUCUACAGGCACUUAGUCGUGGUCGUCAAAAACCAGCAUCACCUCACUCCGCGAGCACAAUACGAACUGACGCGCCGGUUCGAUCCCUCGGCUUCGUCGUACGGCCACGGGAAGACGAUCGACGCGAAACGCAGCAUCCUGCAUCCCGACCUCAAGACUGUCCCCCACCAGCCCCAAGUCCAAGUCAUCGGUCAUGGUUUUGUUGAUAACUAUGAGGGUCUCGCCAAUCUCCAACUCCGACAUCCCCAUCACCGUACUUUCCACCGAGACCCCAUCCCCGACAAUGAAGACUACGAUUUCACCCGAUAUUACCGCUGGCACAUCGACGCCGCUCUUUACGAUCUUCAUCCACCACGAGUGACAACCCUGCUUGCAGUUCAAGUUCCGCGCGGCCGGCGCCAAACCCUUCGCUAUGAUGACGGUUCCAACGAGACCCUCGAUGUUCCCCUUGGCACGACAGCCUUCGUCAGCGGCGAGCGCAUGUACAGCCAGCUGUCCAAGGAAGACCAGCAGUUUGUCCUCACCAGUCGUGUCGAAUAUGCUCCUCAUCCAUAUAUCUGGAUGUCUCCCGCUCGAGCCCUCCCCACUGGAUUAGGUCUCUACCCUGAAGGCCGCGAAUUGCCUGCUUCGAAACUGCCCCCUAUCGACGAGUCUAAGAUCCAGAUUCUUCCCAUGGUGUGGAGGAACCCAGUAACCGGCCGCCCAGCCCUCCAAAUUCACCCCUCCGCCGUGCGCAAGAUUCAUCAACAGGAUGGUACUGUCAUCGACGAUCUGAAGCAGGUUCGCGACACGGUAUACCGGCUACAACGGCCCGCCAUCAGUCCUCCGUACGUAUAUCCGCAUGAUUGGGAGGAGGGUGAUCUGGUGCUGUUCCAUAAUCGCGGUGUCCUGCACUCUGUUGUAGGCGCGUUUGGGGAGGGUGAGGUACGGUUGUUCCGACAGUGUAACUUGGCCGCCGGGGAUGCGCCGGUCGGAAUGGAUUAA